AUGUCUCGCAGAACGACAGCCAUGUCAUCGAGCAAUUCUUCGAAUAGCGGUAACCCGACCUCGGGUGAUGGUGGCCAGGAAAAGCAGAAGAUGCUGCUGUCGGCGGAAACAGGACAUUUUAGCAUGAUUAGGGCCCUGCAUCUCGCUGAUUUGGUUACUGAGCUCAAUGUCAUGUCUGUUUUCUCGUCGAUGCGAUACUGUUUAGGAGAGCCGACUGAUUACGGCAACAUUUGGGCCGCUCUUGCUUUCAUGCCUUUUGGAUUGUUUUUUGAUUUUAUGGAUGGAAAGAUUGCAAGGUGGAGGAAGAAGUCAUCUUUGAUGGGACAGGAGCUUGACUCGUUGGCGGAUCUGAUCUCCUUUGGCCUCGCACCCGCUGCCGCAGCAUUCGCACUUGGAGCUCGCACUCCGGCCGACCACUUGCUCCUAACUUUCUUUGUGCUUUGUGGGUUGACACGCUUGGCUCGGUUUAACGUGACCGUCGCAGUGCUGCCCAAGGACAAGACUGGCAAAUCAAAGUAUUUCGAAGGCACACCGAUUCCGACGACGCUGUCUAUCGCUUCGCUUAUGGCAUACUGGGUUUCGCAGGGCUGGAUACUCGAGGAUCUUCCCUUGGGUGUUGUUGCGCAAGGCACGCCCUUCGAGUUCCAUCCUAUUGUGUUGCUUUUUGUCGUGCACGGUUGCAUGAUGGUCAGCAAGACAAUACACAUUCCCAAGCCAUAA